CACAAGAAACAGCACAUGCUUUCCUUUCAUUUCUGGGAGUCCCGGGGUCGGCCUACAGAUGCUGCUCCUUCCGUGGCCGAUGGCAUUCAGACUCCUAGCUGCCGAUGGUGCCAGGCAAACAACUGGACAGAACAGCUCAGCUACGGGAAGCUGGCCACGGUCUCGGCCGGAGCCGCAGCCCCCUGGCCACAGACCACCUCUGCCGCCCCAUCCAGGAGCCUUCCUUCCUCCCUCAGCCUCGCCCGAGCCCCGCCACAGGGGCUGAAGAACCGGAAGCUGGUGGCAGCCGCGGCAGUGGUGCCUAUAGCCUUGGGGCCAAUCCAGGCACGUGGGACCCUGCUUCGGGCUACUCUGCAGCCCCUCCAGGGCCAGGGAGGGGCCCGGGACCGCCCCGGUGCUCCCCAUUGUCUUCUCCUGUCACUGAAACCUAGGCGAGGGCUCAGAAUGGAAGGCGCCCCUCCUGAGCUGAAUCUGCAGGCCAGACCGAAGGAGGUCAGGGAGGGGGUGAGCGGAGCUCAAGAUCGCCAGGAGCUCAAGCAGCAGCUGCGGCCACUUCUCAAGCCAUCGGCCUCCUCGCAGCGAGAAGAGAAAUAUGUGGAGAUGCGCACUUCAGCUGGAGUGCAGAGGGACAGUCCCCGGACCAUGAGACUUACUCUGGAGCAGCGCCCGGGGGAUCAGAGGGGCUCUAGCAGCCCCAAGGAGAAAGCCCAAGACGAAGCCGGCAGCCAAGAGUGUGAGGCUCCAGCCCCCCAGAAGAAUCCUGCCUCCCUGGAAGCCUCCGGACCCCAGUUCUCCGGCACUGAUGAGGGCAGCAGCCUCUCGUCUCCCUCCUCCGCCCUGGUGGACAAAGCAGAGGAAGGUGGCCUUUCCAAGACGGGUGAUACCACCACAUCCACGGGGGCUCUGGCCACCUCGUCCUCACUGUUAGACUUUGAGAGUGACAGUGGUGAGAACGCAGUGAGCUGCCAGCCCAAGGGAGGAGAAGAAGGGGAAAAACCAGGAGGAGGAGAGAGAACCGAGUGCAGAGACAUGAUUGCCAAGUCUCAGGGCAGCAGGGACCCCCCCCAGAAUCAGGAGGCUCACUACAUCACCACCCACGAGAUCCAGCUGAGCGAGGUAGAGCAGGACACGGAUUUCGACGUGGGCCUGGCCUCCCGCUGGGAUUUCGAGGACAACAACGUGAUCUACUCAUUCGUGGACUAUGCUUCCUUUGGUGGCAGCGACGAGACCCCAGAGGACGUCACCACGCCGAGCGAAGAGGACGAUGACAACAGCUGCUACCUCAGCACCGCUCCCAGCACCGACGCCACCCGGACACCCAGCCCCACCGACAGUGACCCCGCCCGCCCCAGCGCGGGCAGCAGCGGUGGCGACACCAGCAGCACAGAAGUGGGCAGCGGCCCCUCGGACAGCAACCCCACUCCCCCAGCCACGGGGCCUGGCACUGCCACCCCGUGUGAGCCCUUGCUGCAGCCGCUGGAGGCAGCCUCAGCCGUCGCAAGCAGCUGCGGGAGUGCAGCAGGCCAGAUCCUCCUAUCAAUCAAACCGACUUCCCGGGCUAUAAAUGAGCCUAGCAACGUGUGUGCAAAGCAAAACAUUAUUUACGCUGCCAAGCAUGAAGGCGACAUGAGCCUCCGCGUCUCUACAGCUGCUGAACACAAUUCAAGUUCACUGAAGCAAGACCCGGCUGCAGCCGUGGCUCAGGACCAUGCGAAGAAAUUCAUCGCCGUCCCUGCUCGCCUGCAAACGCGGUGCGGGGCCGUCCGGGCGAAGGAGCUGGUGGACUCCUCCAGCGGGGCCUCCAGUGCCGUGAGCGAGCUGGACGACGCCGACAAAGAGGUGCGUAACCUGACCUCCCGGGCCUUCCGGAGCCUCGCUUACCCCUACUUUGAGGCUCUGAACAUCAGUUCCCGGGAGUCCUCGUCGCUCUCCGAAGUCGGCUUUGGGCGCUGGUCGGCCUUCCUGGACUUGAAAUGCGCAGGCGUUGGAGCCAGGGUGGAACAGAGUCUCCUCAGGAGCAGCGCUGCCUCUAUGGCUGCGGGUCUGAGGAAGGGCAGUGGGGCCAGGACGACCGCAGACCAGCUCUACAUCCAGUCCAAGAAGUCCCAGACCAAGGCCUUGGAGUUCGUGGUCAGCAAAGUCGAGGGGGAGAUCAAACACGUGGAGACACCUCUGUGUUUCCAGAAGCAGGUCCAGUCGGGCUCCCACGUGGUCACCCUUCUCGAGCCUCUGAAUUUACGCAGUGAGAGCAAAGCCAGCUCCGCCGCGGGGCCCUGCAGGGCCACCAAAGGCCCCAGCAAGGGCCCCGGGUCAGUGUACACGGAUGAUGGCUCGGAGACCUCUGAGGGCAGCAGGCUUGCCUCCCGAGCUGACGGCCCCCAGAAGAAGUCCAAGUUUGCUUCCAGUCUGCUCAAAAACGUCAUCUCCAAGAAGAUGCAGCGGGAACAUGAGUUCAAAAUGGAGAGGGGAGAAGUCAGUGACACAUCCCACCAUAACCUCUCCAGCACCUCCAAGGAGACGGAGGGCCCUCCCCCCGGGGGUGAGAAGCAGCGGGAGAAGGGCCUGCAGAGGCAGAGUUCUCGCCACUCGGAGGCCGGCUCUGAGUACACGGUGGUCAGCGUGUCUGAUGCAGGUGGGGAGGGGUCCGUAGCUGGGUCUAAAUCCCCAGUUUUCAAAGCCAGUGCCCCUCGGGAGAGCCAUGCAGGCUCCGGCCGUAAUUUCGCCGAUGGACCCCCGGUAGAAGUGUGUGAAAUUAAAAAGAGUGCAUCAGAGACUGUCAAGAGCAUCUUCCUCCGUAGUCAGAACAGUGCAUUCCGGUCAUGGAAGGAGAAGGAAGCUGACAAGCGGGAAGAAAAGGCCCCCAUCGGGAAGCUGAAACUCCCCAAAGGGGGCGACUGGAGGGCUGAUCUCGGGGAGAUCUCUGCCAGUAAGUCCACCAUCAUGUCUCGCCUCUUUGUCCCCAACAUCCAGCAGACACCCAAGGACAAGCAGCCGGGCAAGCAGGCCACCAAGCACCCCGCUGCCCAGGCCACCUCCACAGCAGUGGUCAGGCCCAAGGCUCCCGAGAUCAAGAUCCGGCUGGGAAGCGUGCAGCAGCCGGGCUCGGACUUCAACAUCGCCAAGUUGCUCACACCCAAACUGGCCAGUGGCGGCGCCUCGAACCUCUUCAAGACCACUGAGGACAACAGCAGGGCACAGCAGAAACUCUUCCGGGGGGACAACCUGGAAAAAGUGCCCCAGUUCCAGGUGAGAGAUGUCAGGGACAAGUCCAAGGCCCAAGGCCCCCUCCACCAGGUAAGAGAUGUCCGGAAACUCAUCAAAGCGUCAGGGGACAGCAGUGACAAGGGCAGCGUUACCCCAGAGCAGGGGCUGACCGGACCCAAACCCAGGCCGCUGGCUCCUGCAGCUGGUGGCUCGGAAUCCCUGUCCCCCAUGGUGAUUACAUGCCAGGCUGUGGUGAACCAGAGGGAAGACGGCACAGACCGAGAGCCCAGGGAGAACGUGGGCAUGGAGGGCAGCAGCAGGGCCUUGAAUUCCUCCUCGCCGGAAGGGACAGUCUUGGUUCACAGGGCAUCUGGCAGGCUGCCCGUGGCCACCAUCGCUCCCAAUAAGCCUGAGCAGGGCUCGUACCUGCCCGUGCUCAAGAUCGUCUCCAAGGCUCAGAAGACCCCAGAGAAGGCCAAGGAGGAGGAGGUCAAGGAGGAAGGAAGAGGCCCCAAGACAUCUCGCAAUGCUCUGGAGAAGCUGACGGCGGCUGUGAGGUCCAUGGAAGAGCUGUACAGCUUCAACAGGAACGAGUGGAAGCGGAAAAGCGACCCCUUGCCCCUGAUGACCGACAGCCACGUCCUGUCGCUCAUCGCCAGUGAGGAGAGAGAAGGGGCCGGGGGUGCUGAGCGGGACCCCGACAAGUUGGCCAAACGGGUGGGUGGGGCGGAAGAGCGGGGCGCCGGGCACAAAGGCGCAGGUGUGGUCCUGCGAGGGGGCCCCAUAGAGCGUCUGCAGCGGAGGAACUCCAACCCGAGCACCGAGAGUGUGUCCGCCCGCGCGGCCGCCUUUGAGAACCUGGCCAGGGAGAGGCCCCGGUCCCUCUAUAUCCCCCCGGUGCACAAGGAUGUGGACAGAACCCAGCCCCUGCCCCCGCUCCCCAGCCACCGGAACGUGCUCACAGUGAGCGCCAGCAGCACCCAGAAAACUGGGGGUGUCGCUGGCAAGUUCCCACAAGGCCCCGCUGCAGAGAGCCCUUCGGCGGCAAAGGGCAUCAAAUCGCAGGGACUCCGGUCUCUCAAGAUCUCUCCGGCCACUCGGGCAUCUCUCGAAGAGGUGACCAACAGGAAGAAUGGCAGCCAUCUGGAAAAGAGCCACAGCGACUGCGAGAAUUACCUGACCAUCCCCGUUAAAGGGAGCUCUGCAGCUGGGGAGCUUCCAGGCAGGCCUGGGGCGGGGAGGGAGGCCCCUCCCUCCACAGCCACCACUCUCUGCAGCUUGCCCCCGCUGAGUGCCCGCAGUCAGGUCCCCAGUAGCCCCAAAGGCUCUCAGGUCAGCGGAACCAGCCGGCCAGCUUGGCGCACCAAGCCUGACGACCCCCGGGGCACAGUAGCUGCCCCCGCAGAGCCACAGAGCCCCGAGCAUCCCCCCACCACGAUCUACCACCAGCAGCUGCUGCCCUUCACCCUCCAGGGGGCCCAGCCCCAGGUCCUCUGCUUCUCCCCACCAGGCAUGCCUGCCCCGGCACCUGUGGGCCCAGCUCCGGUCCCCACAGACCCCUUCCAGCAGCCGCAGCCUCCGCAGACCCAGCGCAAGAUGCUCCUGGAUGUGACAACCGGCCAGUACUAUCUGGUGGACACACCAGUACAGCCCAUGACCCGGAGACUGUUUGACCCCGAGACGGGGCAGUAUGUGGACGUGCCCAUGACCUCCCAGCAGCAGGCUGUGGCUCCCAUGUCCCUCCCCGGGCCUCCCCUGGCCCUGAGUCCGGGGGCCUACGGCCCCGCCUACAUGAUCUACCCCGGGUUUCUGCCCACGGUGCUGCCCGCCAAUGCCCUGCAGCCCACACCAAUUGCUCACACUCCAAGGGGCGCCGAGCUCUCCCCCGUGGCAGCAGAGCCCCCCAGCAAAGAGGCAGCUGCAUCUUUCACCGAGGCCCCUUACUUCAUGUCCUCCGGUCAGUCUCCCACCUCCUCCUCUGCCCCAGCGGCCACAUCCCAGCUGGUGGGGGCCAAGGGCUUUGCCCAGCUGCAUGGCAAGCCUGUCAUCAGCAUCACUUCGCAGCCCCUGGGGCCGCGGAUCAUCGCCCCCCCCUCCUUUGACGGCACCACCAUGAGCUUCGUGGUGGAACACAGAUGAUGGGCGGCCACCAGAAAGCAGAAGGGCGCAGCUGCUGGAGUAAGACAGAAAGAUGGACGAAUCUUCUUGAAUCGGAAGGCUGCAGUGUAACAGCACUGAGAAGUUAUCUGGAAACCUUCCUCUACAUAUGUUAUUCUUAGUUUUUGCUUCUAUAAACCAAGUGUGUAAGUUCCUAUAUUUUUCUGAGUAACCCUGUUAAGACAGCUUGUGUUCUUUUAGUUUUACAAAGCUGAUUGAAUGGUUGCAUUUUUCCUGUAUAAAACUAUCUCUUUUUAUACUUUAAUACAGAAUAUAAGCUUUCCCUUCAUCUUUCUCUCCUGCAUUUGUGACUAGGCAAACAAUCUCUUACAUGUUCUCAUAGUUCAGUCAAAACAUACAACAGAGUAGGAUUGGUUCUGUUGUAAACCGAAUGAGCAAAUCAGUAAUUUGCAUCACAAAUCUCCCUGCAGAAUCUUGGAAUAUAUCAGGGCUGGCUGGCAGAGAUGUAGCACUUGUUUGGAUUUAAAUAUGAUGGGUCUGCAUUUUGGAUCAUGCCUAGUCAUUCUCUUGGUUAUGUUUUACAUGUUCUUUUAUUGGGUUUAGCAUGAUUUCAAAUGUGAUUGUGAAAAGGUGGUUUUAACUUUUGUGCCUUGUUUUAACUUUCCCAUUGGUACAAUGCUAUGACACUAUUUGUUGCCGUAAAAUAGAAUGGCUUGAAAGACUAGAGAGCCAGUGGCUGCAUUUAAAGUUAAGUUCUUAGUUUCAGAAAGGUAUAAAAUAUCUACUUCCCUCAGAAUCCAACCUCUGCUAUGAGUGUAUAGGAUUAUUUUUCUUCUUCAAUGAUCCCUCCUUAGUUGCACACUCCUGUCUCUCACAGAUUAUUUGGAGUCUGAAGAGUGACCUGUUUGGGGCAGUGGAGUAGAAAGUAAACACUGAUUUGGUGGCUCCGAUUAUCUCCAGCCCUAGCCAUACCCAUAGCAGUGACCUAGGUUUAUAUCAUUUGCUCUUUAUGGUUUUUAGAGAUGUCGAGAAUCUAAAUCACAGAAUCUUUCCUUGACAUUCAGUACUGCCUCAGUUGUCGCCCAGUUCUGAAGGUUAUUUUAAUGAGUGUUCAUGGUGAGUUUUGAAGAGUUGAUUGAACAGAUAAAUAUUUAGCUCAUCAUAAUAACGAGUCAAUAUAUAUUCAACAAAUGUUACGUUGGAAUAUUUCUUUACUUUUUAAAACAAUAACUUGAAGGUUCUCCCAGACUUUUUUUUUUUAAAGGAAUCUCCUCUUAUUUACUUAUUUGUUCAAAGAUAAAGCAUUCUGGUAAUUUUUUUAAAGCCUUAUUUUGAUUUUAAUGAUCAUCAGUAUUGGUUUCUGCUUAAAACAGCUUCUAGAAACCACAGAAUUUUAUACUACUCAUAACUGAAGGUGUGAGUAGAAAAACUAAGAGACUGAUUUUGUAUGAUUUGUGUAAUCUCAUUACUUUGUAUUUAUGCUUUCCAUCUCAGUUGGACUCUUUAAAAAAAAAA